CGAUGACCACUAUCCCACUGUGCUGCCUUCUUUUCUUCAGCAUGACCUUGGUUCAUCCAUCCUUACAAGUGCCUCAUUUCACUCGUCAUGACAAUGGAACGUUUUUCAGUGAUGUCCAUUUUGUCGACUUGCAGCGCUGCGUUCAAGCAAGGCCCCUCCCCUUCCUCGUCGGCCUCCUCCUCUUCAUCCUCCAGGGACGCGUGACCUUCCAGUCGCGCGCACGGCGGGGAGCUCACAGCAGCGAGCCACCAGGAAACAGUUGACAUAAGUUGCGUGUGAGGAUUCUGAAGCUGUCGAGGCGAGCGGAUGAAGACUUUCUAAUCCGUUACGUAAGAGAAAAGAGAGCAGCAGAGGAGAGCAAACAAUCCGUGCCGAGGUCCGGCGCAGACAUGGGCCGUCAGGAGGCCGACGACGCGUGGAAAAAGGACACGCAAGACAUCCGGGAGAUUUUUGACUUCAUAGAGGAGUUGGGAUCAGGGGCCUUCUCCGAGGUCUUCAUGGUGCGGGAGAAGAAGACGGGAAGGACGUUUGCCAUGAAGUGCAUCAAGAAGCAACAAAGCAAGGACGUCAAUCUGGAGAACGAGAUCGGCGUGCUCAGAAGAAUCCAACAUGAGAAUGUGGUGGCGAUGGAGGAUUUCUAUGAAAGUCAGACUUAUUUCUACCUGGUCAUGCAACACGUGUCCGGCGGCGAGCUCUUUGACCGCAUCCUGGACCGAGGCGUGUACUCUGAGAUGGAUGCCAGUCGCGUGAUCCGACAGGUGCUGCACGCUGUCAGCUACCUGCAUCACAACGACAUUGUGCAUCGGGACCUCAAGCCGGAGAACAUCCUGUACUACAGCCCGGAGGAGAACUCCAAGAUCAUGAUCAGUGAUUUUGGCUUGUCUAAAAUGUUGGACAAGGGUGUAAUGUCCACUGCCUGUGGCACUCCGGGUUAUGUUGCUCCUGAAGUGCUGGCACAGAAACCUUACAGCAAGGCAGUGGACUGCUGGUCUAUUGGCGUGAUCACGUACAUCUUAUUGUGCGGAUAUCCUCCAUUCUACGAAGACAGCGAGACGCGCCUCUUCUCCAAGAUCACCGAGGCGCAGUACGAGUUUGACUCGCCCUUCUGGGACGACAUUUCCACAUCGGCCAAAGAUUUCAUCUCCAACAUGAUGCAGAAGAAUCCCCUCAUGCGCUACACCACUGAGCAAGCGCUCAGGCACCCCUGGAUCAUCGGAAAGACGGCGCAGAGCCAGGACAUCUACUAUUCGGUCAGCGUGCAGAUCCAAAAGAACUUUGCCAGGUCCAAGUGGAAGCAAGCCUUCAACGCCACGGUGGCCGUCAACCACAUGAAGAAGCUGCAGCUCGCCCACGCCGAGCGGCUCCCCGAGGCCGCUCGGGUCCCGGAGAUCCGGGCGGUCGAGGCAUCCCCUCCGGUCUCGCGGCGCAAGCGUCUCGACCCCGAGGAGGAGACCGAAGCGGCCGCGGAUCACACCAGCCCGCUCGCCGGCCACGUGGACUCGAAGUGCCGCUUCCGCCCGCUGAAGGCCAGCCAGACUGCGCACCGCGCGCCCACCGUCGCUGAGCAGGGGAAGUACAUCUACCACUCGGAGCCCGCCAACCUCAACGGGUGCGGCAAAAACAGAAUCGGAAAGGCCCUUCAGACCAGCGUUUGCGCCGUCAUGUGAAGCUUGACUGAAGUUGACUUGGGGGGGGAAAAGAGCUCUUUUCACGGUCGGUGAAGAAUUCAUUUCAGUUCCAUACAGAUAAAGAACCUGCUCGAAUAAUCCGCUGAUUCCCGAGCACCGAGCCUCGUCAAACUUAAUUUGUGUAUUUUUAUUUGGCGGUGUGCCCAGAGAUUUUUCCUGUAGUGGGCCGUCAGGGCACUGAUCUACAUUUACAGCCUAAAUUCUGAUAUUUUGUUCCAUGAAAUUGUGUGAAUUGAUUGCCAGCAGUCUAUUGUCAUCAUUUUGCUUGCCUUUCUCUUGGCUGCACUGUUUCCAGUGCAUGUGAUGAUUUGUAGAAUUGCGACCUGAUAUGUAGUGGUCGGAUGAAGAGGUGGACCAAGUCGGGUAAACCCCCACUGAAGGUUGUAGUAUAUUUUAAUAGUAACACAAUCAGAGUUCCUUUGUGAAGGACAAAUGGUUGGAGACCUGUAUUCACACCAACUAUCUUUUCUUUGUACUUCUACAUCAAAGGACCUCCUUUAACCAGUUAUAUGUAUAUUGGGGUGUCCUGCUCCCCCCCCCCCCCCCCCCCCCCCCCCCCCCCCCAGAAACCUGUCUGGGGUUUACAACCGGGACAGAUCUUCAAAGAGAACUGUUUUUCAUUAUCGCAACAAAGGGCUGAGGGGAGGGGAUUGACCAGACGAAGAGAUACCAGCUGGCGAGUGAGAUUCCAAAUAUGGUCAUAAGGAGCACCAUCCUUCCGGAUGCAACCAGGGAGGGGCAAAUUCCACGGCCAGAGAAUUAGAACCUUGAUAAACUGAGAUCCCGGGGUUUUCGGGGGCUUUUUCGUCGUUCUGGCAAUGUAAGCAGCUGCUAUGACACUAAAGCUUGUUCAAUAAAUCGAAUUAGCCCAAAC